AAAAGAUGGAUGGUGGAGAGGGAGGAAGGGUAGAAAUUCAGGGAAAGCACAAUCUAACAGAGGCAUGAAUGAUUCUUUUCCCCUCCCGCCCUCUGAUUCGAAGUAAAAACAAAAAAAGGUUAUUAGACGUUGCUAAAGAUGAUGGCAAGGAAUAGCGUCGGUUAUAAGUUCGUCAUUGUUGUCGUGCUUUUGGCAACCGUGAUGCAUAUUCUGCUUUUUGGAGCUCAGAAUGCAUUCGCUAAUAGAAUAAUUUCAAGAAAUUCCCAUUUCCGGGGCGAUGAUGAAGAAAUGACUGCUAAGGGAAACCCUUCUGGCAGAGAAGGACAUGGCUAAAAUGAAGAGGAUGCAAUGUAUUCUUCUCCUCACCAUGCCUGUAAAUGAUGUUUGGAGGAAAUGACUUCGAGAGUCAUGAUGAUGUUGCAGAGGAACGUAAUGCUGGUGUGGGUUUUCUUCAUCAGUUUGAUUGUAUAGA